AUGGCUUUCCACUACCUCAUCACUCUGUGCGCCCUGGUGGCCUACGCCAAUGCUGGUCUCUUGGCCAGCCAUGUGGCAAUUGCCAAUCCGUCGGUGGACGCCGUCGCCUCCACUCAGCAGAACGUGGUGAGGUCCUUUGCGGGCACUGUGUCCAGCUACUCGAAGGCGGUGGACACCCCGUACUCCAGUGUGAGGAAGAGCGACACCAGGAUCCAGAACAAUGUCUACACUCCUGCUAUCAAGACCACCACUUAUGGUGCAGCUCCUCUGUACACCCAGGCUACACCCAUUGUGUCCAAGACUCUGGUCCAUGCUCCAGCUCCAGUUGUGGAGAAGACUGUGUACGCUGCUGCUCCAGCUCCAGUUCUGGCCAAGACUGUGUACGCCGCUCCUGCUCCAGUCGUGGCUAAGACUGUGUACUCCGCUCCAGCUCAGGUUUAUGCUGCUCCUGCUCCAGUUGUGGCCAAGACCGUGUACUCUGCUCCUGCUCCAACCGUGUACUCUGCUCCUGCUCCAGUUUAUGCUGCUCCCGCUCCAGUCGUGGCCAAGACCGUUUACUCCGCGCCGGCUCCAGUUCUGGCCAAGACUGUCUACUCUGCUCCUGCUCCAGUUUACGCUGCUCCUGCUCCAGUUUACGCUGCUGCCGCUCCCGUUGUGGCCAAGACCGUGUCCUAUGCCGCCCCACUGUCCACCACCAAUGUGAACCACGGACCCGCUGCCACCACCUACAGCCACAAUGCCCCAGCUCUGGGCGUCUCCAGCUAUGGCAGCUCCCAGACGGUUCACUACUCCCCCGCCGAGAGUGUGUCGCACAUGAGCUUCGAUGGAUUCGGAACCCACUGGGGUUUCUAA